AUGUCUUCCGCGCAGAUUGUACAGACAGUUCCUCUGUCUCAAAAAGUGCCUCUGAAGAAUGUUGGUUCUGCUCUCAAUUUGACCAAAGAAACUCCCAGCUUAUUUCAGCCAAUCAGCUUUAGGAACAUGACUCUGAAAAAUCGUCUUGUGGUAUCGCCGAUGUGUAUGUACAGUGCUGAAGAUGGAAUGAUGAAUGUCUUUUCUCUGGCUCACCAGACUCAGUUUGCUAUUCGAGGCGCAUCUCUCGUCAUUUUUGAGGCUACUGGUAUCUUGCCAAAUGGAAGAAUCACUCCGGCAUGUGCCGGUAUAUGGAAGGAUGAACAGAUCGUGCCUAUGAUGCCCUCUAUUGAGCUUAUCCAUCGAUAUGGCGGAAAAGCCGGCAUUCAACUUGCGCAUGCUGGUCGCAAAGGAUCAAAUAUGUCUCCACACUUUGGUCUUCCAGCCUCCCACGAUACUCUGAGUCCAGAAUCGGAAGGAGGAUGGCCAAACAAUAUUUGGGGUCCUUCUGCUAUUCAAGGAUUUCCAACUGCUGGUAUACCCAAAGAAAUGACAAAACAAGAUAUUGAAGAUUGCAAAACGGCGUUUGUAGAUGCUGCUUUACGAGCUGACAAGGCUGGGUUUGAUAUGAUUGAGAUUCAUGCAGCUCAUGGCUAUCUGAUUCACGAAUUCCUGUCACCUGUGAGCAACAAACGAACAGACGAAUACGGUGGCUCAUUCGAGAACCGUAUUCGAUUUUGUGUUGAAGUGAUCAACGCAGUUAGAGCUGCAUAUCCUCAAGAGAAGCCAGUCUGGUUGCGGAUUUCUGUAUCCGAUUACAUUGAAGGUGGUUGGAGCAUUCAGGAAUCAGCCAGGCUUGCUGAGAUUGUGUAUCCCCUGGGCAUCGAUCUUAUUGACUGCUCUGGUGGCGGUCUAAGCCCGGCUCAAAAGGUUCCAUACGGUCCUGCCUUCAAUCUACCUGGAGCAGAAGAGAUUCGAAAGGUUGUGCCGUCUGGAGCUAUUGGCUUGACUGGUCAGAUCACUGACUCGAAACAGGCCCAGACCUUCCUGGACGAAAAGAAAGCCGACCUCUUCAUAAUUGGUCGUGAAUUUUUGCGCAAUCCCUCCUUGGUCUUGACAUUCGGCUAUGAACUCGGCGUUGAUGUACAGUGGCCCACUCAAUAUGAACGAGCCAAGAAACAUAGAGCUUAG